AUGACGAAGAAAUACCCUACCCAAACGUCUACUCUGUCUGAUUCCACAUCAGCUUUGGCAUCACGAUCAGCCACAGCCAGCUCUCCCAAAAUUGCAAAAUCAACACCCUCAGGCUCCUCUUCGUCUUCUAACCACGAAUAUUGUAUUCACACCACUACCCUCUUCAACAGUCGCACCAAAAAUUUCGAUAAAAACAUUUCUCUCCAAGUAAACACCAAAACAGGUCUCAUAACCAAAGUCAUCACCCGAGAAAACUCAUCAAUAACUUCACCCAAAGACAACGAUAUCGAUCUCCGAAGCAAAACCGUUCUCCCAGGCUUCGUAGACGCGCAUACUCACAUCUUCCUGCACCGUGUCGACGAAGCCGGUUCACCAUAUCUCAAUCAAGAACGAGAUGAAUCUCUCAUCUCCCGCACCAUUCGCGCCACCACCAAUUGUCGUCUAGCGCUCCUAGCCGGAUAUACCACGUAUCGCGAUCUCGGAACCGAAAGAUGCCAUAAUGCCGAUACUGGUGUUCGUGAUUCUAUAAACCGUGGUCUUAUCCCCGGACCGCGGUUGUUCGUUGCGACGGAACCUUUGGCUUCGAGUGGUAGCUAUGAGAUUCGGCAGGAGAAUAAGUUGGGAGGAACGGAGACUCCGCGUUUAAGUGAUCCGUGUGAUGGGAUUGAAGGGUGUAGAGCAGGUGUGAGGAGAAGGAUUGGUGCUGGUGCAGAUGUUAUUAAGAUUUAUGCUGAGUAUCGGAGACGUGCGUUACGCUAUCCGGCAUCUACAUAUAAAGGUUCUGAAGACAUCCAAUUUCCUCCUUCCCGAAAUCGAGGAGAGGAUAUUUUUGGCAGGAGAGAGAGGUUGAGGAAUCCGAAUUCUCUUCUUUGGAGUCAGGAAGAAAUGGAUGUUAUGGUAGCUGAAGCGAAACGCGCUGGUGUUCCGGUGGCUAGCCAUGCUAGUUCAGAAGAGGCGGUAAUCAUGGCUGCGAAAGCAGGUGUUACGAGUAUAGAGCAUGGACUCAUGCCUAGUGAAAAAGCAUUGCAAGUGAUGAAAGAAAUGGGUACAAUCUAUGUUCCUACACUUUCGGUCGUAGAAUUAGAAGCAAAUGAUGGAGGAAGAGCAAUUGCUAUAUGUAAAGAACACACUAGACGAGCCUGGGAGAUGGGUGUAAAACUAGCCACAGGAUGUGACACAGGGCCGUUUCCCCACGGAGAAAAUGCGAGGGAGAUGGAGUUGAUGGUUCAAGCUGGAAUCGAUGUGGCUGAUGUGUUAAGAGCUGCUACAUUAGGAGGAUGGGAAGCUUGCGGUGGGGGAUUGUGUGGGCAGGAUUUUGGAUGGUUGGGUGAGGAUUGGAUUGCAGAUUUGGUUGCUUUAGAUGGAGAUUUGGAAGAAGAUGGGUUUGAAAAAGUCAUCAGAAACGUCAGCUGUGUCAUAAAGGACGGAACUCUAGUGGUAGCAGAUGGGAAGAUUGUUGGUUUUGUGUGA